AUGGAAACUAUCUUUGAAAUACAGCGCCGUUUGCAUGAAGAAUGUGACCGCUUGGUAAUGGCCAUGUCGGAGGAGUUGAUGAUACCAAAGAAGACGACGAAGGAGAAGGUGCUUGCCGAUCAUCGAAUCAAAAUCUAUCUGGAAAGGUACCAGACGUGCUCAAAGUCCCUGCUGGAGCUGUACCAAGACAAGGAUGGCGAGCGGAAGCAGGAAAUCACGAACAUGAGCGUGAACGAGUUUAAAGAGUUUUACAGCCAAUUCAAUGGGCUGAUCGAGUUCCAUUCCAACCAUGGCAACAAUGUGGCAGUACCGGCAUCGAUCGAGUUUGACAAGCUGAAGGAGCAACUGAACGAUCCGGCAUACUUGGCCGAGGUGGUGAAAUUCAGUGACGUUGAAAACUACGGCCAGUAUCUCGAUCUGCACGAAUGCUACGAUAACUUCGUGAAUCUGAAGAGCAUUAACAAAAUCGACUACAUUACGUACCUAUCGGAGUUCAACAAGUUUGCCGACAUUCCACGCAAACUGAAGAACCUGAAGUACAAAGGUUACCUGCAGCUGCUUCACGAUUAUCUGUACUCCUUCAUCACCCGGAGCAGACCGCUGUUCUUCGAGCUGGAUCAUACGGUGAAGCGGAACGAGCUUCAGUUUGAAGAUAUGUGGAAAAACGGCAUCGUGUCCGGGUGGGAAAAGGUGCGCGACGUAGACGACGAUGCGCUGAUCAAUUUGCACGAAUUUUCCAAAUGGGAAGAUCUAACGUAUCUCGGAUUAGAUCGACUCAAGGCCGCUCUGCAGGCACUCGGCAUGAAGUGUGGCGGCACGUUAGACGAGCGAGCGAAACGGUUGUUCGCCUCGAAGGAUGACAAAAAUCAAGAAAACGAAACCAAGCGGUUAAUGAACCUAAACAAGGAGAAGGACAUCGCGCUGCUGGAGUUUAAGAUUGCGAAGCUGGCGGAGCUGGUCGACGAUCAGAUUUACGAGACGAAAAUCAAUUUGCAGCGCAAGCAGGCUCGCUACACGCUGGACGAAAGCGACGAAGAUAGUAUGGACGAGGUGGAAUCGGACGAUGACGACGGUAUACCGUACAAUCCAAAGAACCUGCCGCUUGGAUACGACGGUAAACCGAUCCCGUACUGGUUGUACAAGCUGCACCAGCUACACUUUACGUACGAGUGUGAGAUCUGCGGCAACUACAAGUACAACGGGCCGAAAGCGUUCCAGAACCAUUUCUCCGAGUGGCGGCACGCUCACGGCAUGCGCUGUCUCGGCAUCCCGAACACGGCCCACUUCGCCAACAUUACGAAGAUCGAGGACGCGCUGGUACUGUGGGACAAGGUGAAGGAGCAAACGUUUUCCAAGAUGUGGGUACCGGCGAACGAGGAAGAGUUCGAAGAUUCGCGCGGCAACAUUCUCAGCAAGAAAGUGUACCUUGAUCUGCAAAAGCAGGGACUGCUGUAG